AUGGCGCCUCAUUUGGAAUCUAAUUGGGAGCAUUAUAUUCAACAUGUAAAAUUUUGGAGAACAGAAGUUAAACGUUCACUUGGAGAAAUGAUUAGCAAUUUGGAAAUUGUUUGUAGUGGCAAUGGGAAACCAACAAUUUUUGGAUUGGCAGCGGCUCCAGGAGAUUCGUCUUUCAAUCAAAUAUUGAUGCAUGCUGAAAUUUCUUUAGACGAUUUACCUUUAAAUUCUGAUGAUUUAAUGGAAGAACGACCAAUUUUGGAGUUGAAGCCAAUGUUUGAUUUUGCAGCUAAAAUGCAGUUUCAGCCUCAAACCCCUUCAAAAGAUUUAUCAACAGAUGACCAACAACAAUCCAAAUUGCCCUCAGAAUUGGCUCUCCAUUAUGAACGUUUACGAGGCCAAUUAUCUUCUGGGGUAGUUUCCUAUGAAAGACAUGCAGAAAAUGGGGCAUUUUUAAUUUGUACAUUUACUCAACUUUUUGUUUAUAAGAAUAAUAUCCGCUCACAAAUUGCUCAAUGGCUACCUCCACAAUCUAUUUUGAUGAAUGCUUCUUUUUGCAAAAUAACCUCAGACUUUGUUGCUUUUAUCUCUGGGAAUCAAUUAUUUAUUGAUAGGAAUGGAAUUCGUGUCUUCAAAAGUGACAAUAGUUUACCAAAUACUUCAAACGGUGUCCCAUCAUUUAUUACUCAAGAAGAAUUUGAACGUUAUGACGGUUAUUGGUGGAGUCCUACACGAGUAGAAAUUUUGUAUGAAAGGGUUGAUGAAUCCCAAGUUGGACAAAUCGUCCCAGGGGGAUGUGGAGGAGAAUCAAUGCGUUACCCUUUGGCUGGAACAAAAAAUGCUGUUUCAAUGCCUAGAAUAUGUUGUCUUGUAAAUUGUGAGGAUGGAGAAGAAUGUGUAUUUGAGGAUUUGGAACUAGAUAAUAAUUUGAAUGAAUUUGUGCCUUGGAUGGAAUAUAUUGUUAGAAUGGGGUGGACAAGUAAAGGAAAUGAAAUUUAUUUGGUUGUAAUGAAUAGACUACAAACAAGAAUGGCAAUUAUAUUAUUACCUAGAACUCUUUUUGUUUCUGCUGGAAAAAGUGGUAAAGGUUUUGGAAAUAUGAAAAUAAUUUAUGAAGAAACUUCGACUGUUUGGAUUAAUUGGAACAACCUUCUUCACUUUCCCCUAAUUUUUAAUCAAACCGAUGAAUGUGAAAAGAAGGAAAUUCAAUUCAUUAUGGGCUCUGAAAGCUCUGAUAAAUGUCAUUUAUAUUUGCAAAAUUGGGAAGAGGAGAAGGGCAUUAUUUCAAAGCAAAUUACUCGUGGUAGUGAUUGGGUGGUUCUUAAAGAGGCUGUUCCUAAGGUUGAUAAUAAUAGACGACUUGUAUAUUUCUUGGCAGAGCGCAUUUCUCCUAUAAUUUUAAGCCUGUGUGUUGCUUCUAUUCCCUCGGUGACUUCCACUGAUAACAACGAUGAUACUAAAUUACAAGACUGCCGUGUUUUAACUCCACAGGAUUUGAGUUAUAAAUUCGAACGUUGUAACCCAACACUUUGCCUUAAUCCUGAUGUUGGUUUUAUUUGUUGGUUAAGUGCUGUUAAUCGCCUUCCUGAAUGUCGUUUUUAUCGUUUUGUUCAUGGAAAUGAACCUGGCUUACUUCCAACAGCUGUUUAUACACAUAGAAUAGGCGUUCAAAUAGUCUCUCCAUCCCCCUCAAUUUGCAGUACUUCAAGUUGGGGUCUUCCAUACCUGCACCGCUCUCCCUCUUCAAUAUUUAAACACAAAUUUUGUGAAUUUGAAUCAACUACUUCCAAACAACGCCAUUUUGCUUUGGCUUUAUGGCCUUGUGAAGAAAUUGAAUCAACAAAAAAAUUUCCAAUAAUUCAUUCAGUAUAUGGUGGACCAAGUAUUCAAAUUGUUCGAAAUUCGUGGCAUUCAAUUUCCCAAUUUCUUAAAUUUCUUGCUUAUGGAUAUGCUGUUGUUAUUGUAGAUGGGAGAGGUUCCGCAAAUCGAGGUGUUUCAUUUGAAGGACAUAUUAAAGAAGCUAUGGGUUCUGUUGAAAUGGAAGAUCAAGUUGAAGGGUUAAAACAAGCAAUUGACCAAACUGGGAAUAUUUUGGAUGGUGAACGUGUUGUUUGUAUCGGUUGGAGUUAUGGAGGUUAUAUGUCUAUUCAAUUAAUUGCUGAAUAUCCAAAUAUUUAUAAGGCAGCAGUUGUUGGUGGAGCUGUAACAGAUUGGCAACUUUAUGAUACCGCAUAUACUGAACGUUAUAUGGGAACACCUCAACAAAAUGCUGAAGCUUACAAAAAAUCUUCUGUUAUUAGUAAAGUUGAUAUGCUUCCAAAUCAAGAAGGCCGUAUACUUAUCGUUCAUGGAAUGAUUGACGAAAAUGUUCAUUUCCAACAUACAAUCCUCUUAAUUAAUUCAUUAAUUAAAGCUUCAAAACCUCAUCAAUUAUUACUUUUUCCAACAGAAAGGCAUGCUAUUAGAACAGGGGAAUCUGUUGAAUAUUUUCAUGCUUCUGUUCUUUCUUUUUUUAGACGUGCUUUGGGUUUGGGUAUUAUUGUUAAAAAGGAAAAUAUUUAAAUAGAGGGGAAAAGACUGCCAAAGAAUAUUAAUUAUUAUUGAAAAAUAACCUCAAAAAUUGGAUUUUUAAAUAUAAUUUUUGUUAACAAAAAUUAUUUUUUUAAACAUGGUUUGUAAUUUUAUGUAAGUGAGUGGUGGUCCUAGGAUGGUUUGGAAUAGAGAUCGGAAAUUUUGAAAAGCCUGGGCCUGUUCCUGGUUUCCUG